AUGGCGGACACCGAAACCUUUGCCUUCAACGCUGACAUCCAGCAGUUGAUGAGUUUGAUCAUCAACACCUUCUACAGCAACAAGGAGAUUUUCCUUCGUGAGUUGAUUUCCAACGCCUCCGACGCUCUGGACAAGAUUCGUUAUGAGGCCAUCACCGACCCCGAGAAGCUGAAGGGUGCGGAGCGCCUCUUCAUCCGCAUCGUGCCGAACAAGCAGAACAACACUUUGACGAUUGAGGAUGACGGUAUCGGUAUGACCAAGGCCGAGUUGGUGAACAACCUCGGCACGAUUGCGCGCUCCGGCACGAAGGCGUUCAUGGAGGCACUCCAGGCUGGCGGCGACAUCUCCAUGAUUGGUCAGUUUGGUGUCGGUUUCUACUCGGCUUACCUUGUUGCGGACAAGGUGACCGUUGUGACUCGCCACAACGACGACGAGAUGUACGUCUGGGAGUCGAGCGCUGGCGGCUCGUUCACCGUCUCGAAGGCUGAGGGCCAGUACGAGAACAUUGUUCGCGGAACGCGCAUCAUCCUCCACAUGAAGGAGGACCAGACCGAGUACCUCGAGGACCGUCGGCUCAAGGACCUCGUAAAGAAGCACAGCGAGUUCAUUUCCUUCCCGAUUGAGCUCGCGGUCGAGAAGAGCGUCGACAAGGAGAUCACUGACUCCGAGGAAGAGAAGGAAGGCGAGGAGAAGAAGGAAGAGGGUGAGGAGGAGAAGAAGGAAGGCGAAGACAAGGACGAGAAGAAGGAGAAGAAGACCAAGAAGGUGAAGGAGGUCGUCGUCGAGUAUGAGCAGCUGAACAAACAGAAGCCUCUGUGGAUGCGCAAGCCGGAAGACGUCACGUGGGAGGAGUACUGCGCGUUCUACAAGAGCCUGACGAACGACUGGGAAGACCCGCUCGCCGUCAAGCACUUCUCGGUUGAAGGACAGCUCGAGUUCAAGGCGCUCCUCUUCCUGCCGAAGCGCGCCCCUUUCGAUCUCUUUGAGACCCGCAAGAAGCGCAACAACGUCCGUCUUUACGUCCGUCGCGUCUUCAUCAUGGACGACUGCGAGGAUUUGAUCCCUGAAUGGCUUAACUUUGUCCGCGGUGUUGUCGACUCGGAGGAUUUGCCCCUCAACAUCUCUCGUGAGUCGCUCCAGCAGAACAAGAUCCUCAAGGUCAUCAAGAAGAACCUCGUCAAGAAAUGCCUGGAAAUGUUCCAGGAACUGGAGGAGAAGAAGGAAGACUACAACAAAUUCUACGAACAAUUCAGCAAGAACCUCAAGCUCGGUAUCCAUGAGGACACCUCCAAUCGCAACAAGAUCGCUGAGUUGCUGCGAUUCCACACCAGCAAGAGCGGCGAUGACGUUGUCUCGCUCAAGGAGUACGUCGACCGCAUGAAGGAGAACCAGAAGGACAUUUACUACAUCACUGGCGAGUCGCGUCAGUCCGUAGCCUCCUCGCCUUUCCUCGAGGCUCUCAGGAAGAAGGGCUAUGAAGUCAUCUACAUGACUGACCCGAUCGACGAGUACGCCGUUCAGCAACUCAAGGAAUUUGACGGCAAGAAGCUGCGUUGCUGCACGAAGAAGGGUUUGGAGUUGGAUGACGACGAGGACGAGAAGAAGAAGUUCGAGGAGCUGAAGGCUGAGUUCGAGCCUCUCUGCAAGUUGAUGAAGGAAGUCCUCCAUGACAAAGUCGAGCAAGUGGUUGUGAGCAACAGAAUCACCGACUCGCCAUGCGUUCUGGUCACCUCCGAGUACGGCUGGUCCGCGAACAUGGAGCGCAUCAUGAAGGCGCAAGCGCUGCGCGACAACUCGAUGACCACCUACAUGGUCUCGAAGAAGACGAUGGAAAUCAACCCGACCAACCCGAUCAUGGUGGAGUUGAAGAAGAAGUCGAGCGCUGACAAGUCCGACAAGACCGUCAAGGAUCUGAUCUGGCUCCUCUUCGACACUGCGCUCCUCACGUCCGGCUUCUCCCUCGACGAGCCCACGCAGUUCGCCGCUCGCAUCCACCGCAUGAUCAAGCUCGGCCUCUCCAUCGACGAAGACGACGAGUUGAAGGCUGAAGAAGACCUCCCCCCUCUUGAGGAGAUCGAAGGCGCUGUGGAGGAAACCUCCAAGAUGGAGGAGGUCGACUAA